AUGAACCGCGAACAGUUUUCGAAAACGCACUGUUCGUACUGCGGCAAGUCGAGUGAAGUGGCUCUAAAGUGCUGCUCGCACUGCAAGGGGGUGCGCUACUGCGACGAAGCGUGUCAGCGCGCGGACUACAAGCCGCGCCACAAACUCGCGUGCACCACGUUCGCACGUUUGCCGACGACGAUGGCAUUCCAAUCGGAGGCCGACGCAGAAGAGCGAUUCCCGCAGCACCCUGUCUUUGCCCACGCGCACAAAGACGACGUGGGGAUGUGGGUCACUAUCGAGGGCCGCAUCGAUUGCAAGUUGCAGCCUCUGUUGGACAGCCUCGAUCCAGAGGUCCUGAGGGAGCGCUACAUCAACACGAUGACUGGGCCCGCCGCAGACGCCAGCUACGCCAUCAUGCGGACCAACAGGGCGUACAGUUGUAGCCUGCUCAGCCUGCGCAUCCUCGUGCAGAAUCGCCGCAAGGACGACGCACCUAUCCUCGUGUUCAGCUCGCGAGCACAGAUGGUCGUCAAGGCGUCCUCGACGGAGGCGGUGCAGCGAGGCAAGACAGACUGCGACAACGCGGUCACGUUCACGCAAGACGGUAUCGAACGCACCGUCCUUGGCGUCGCCAACGACCCAUGGGACCACGUGCCUAGGUUGCUUAUCCACCAGUUCAACACCACUGAACACGCAGAAAACAUGAUGGGCUCCCGUUACGUCAAGGACGCCGGCCAAGGGAUUGUGCGCCUGGCGAAGGGCGACUUCGUCGUCUUACAGCUGCAGUUCCGUGUCGGCGAUGGCGACACGAUCGCCAAGGACUGGCAGGCUCUCGACGCUGUCGAGUGUAUCGCCCUCCCUUGGGCGCCGUGGGACGGGGUCGUGCGUCCCGCCGUGCUCGCUCGCGACCUGCCCGCGAUCCAGUCCGAACCCACCGUCGACGUCGGCCCCACGGGCGGUCGUUUACUGCAGGCGCUGUUCGAUCGUGACACCAUUCGCCACUACUUUGCGGACAUGAUAGAUCGCGGUGAGGACGCGUUCAUGCGCAGCCACCUGUGCGCGGACCAUGCGGACUUGGCGCGCAAGAUUAACGACUCAAGAAUAACCAUGGGGGACAAAUUACUCAAGAGGAUCACGGAAUCUGGCAAUAUGGAGUUGCUCUUGGAACGUCUCCGUGCAUGUGGCAGAGACGAUCUCGUCGCGAGGCUUCAAUAG